AUGGUGGAUUCUACUUCGAACCGAGAUUUGACAUCUCGGUUGCCAAAAGUUGACCCGCAUAUUGACACUAACAAGAGUCACGGCUCACUAACAAGAUCCCGCUCCGGCAGUAGUUCAAGGCUCAAGGCCGUGCCGUCUUUAACCUCCGGAGAGCUCCGCAUCUUUUCAACCAAGACCGAAAAGCUCAUCUUAAAACACAAUAAGCUUAACAAGGGACUCUUACGUGAGGACGAGAAAACGCAGCUCGGCCCGGACGACCGGCUGUCGAAAGAAAAACUACUACGGGGACAGAAGCAUUUAAGAAAGAAGGUACGCCAACACGUUAAAAGGCUUUCUCAUCUCAAAAAAUUGUGUAGAAAGGAUCACUCUUCCAAGCGAGAACAACUGUACGAUACCAUUCAACAACUAGAAUCUAGGUUCAAUGAACACCUUGGACCACUACUAGUAUCCCACGAAAAUCCUAGGUUGAAUCCCAUUGAUGAGAGAAACACAAGCAAGAUGAAUUCCGACGAAGAAUUCUCCAUCCCAUUGCCAUGCUCAGAGGCUACCGGUCAAUCUAACGAUGUCCCUCAAUAUCCGACAUUAAACGGAUAUUCUACCGAGCGUGCUUCCGCAAGUGAGGAAGUAUGUGGUGGAAAGAGGAAGUCAGAGGACAACGAUGGUGCAUCAGGCAAGAAGCGUAAGCAGGGCACUUCGGAUGGAGUUGAUCUCUCAGCAGGCCUUUUGGCGAACAAGACGUGGAAGGAGAAUGUCCCGACCAUGUCUGGCGAAAAGAAACAUGAUGAUCAGGAGGCUGGUAAUGCACUAUCGUCGAACCCCCCCGGCCAAUUCAAUGGUCACAAGUCAUCCGGCAAAGACAAGAUGAAAGCUAAGCAUGAAGAGCAACAGUCAGGCGCAAGUCGUGGACACCAGCAAUCAUACCCGGCAGUGAACAGCACCACAGCCAACGCAUCAACUUCUACUCAGGGUGCUCAGGCUGCUGACCUAGAGAAACUCGAACAAAGACGUCGACUAGAUGAGAUCGUCAAAGACCACAUUGAUGACUUUGGCAUUGUUUAUGACCGACCCGGCGCUGAGAUUCCUGGAGAUUCUCGCGAUGGCUCCUGUAUGAUGGCCGGCGGGCUCGUAACUGACCCCCUUCAGGUUCAGGGAUUGUGGGACGCUACGAUGCCCACUUCAAGCCUUUCGUCGUUAGGAGAAGAUUUCAACAGCAACAGUGAGCUUGAAGUCGCAAGUCAAAAAAUCUCUGGCCCAGCAGGGGUUUCAACUUCCCAGGACGAUAAUCCUGCCGCGCUACCUAAUGAAAUACACAACACUAUAGAGACUUCGUCUUCCGACCCGUCCACCCCGGCUUCCUCGCCAACACUUCAUACUAUGCAAGCCAAGCGACGCCAGUCUGGCAAUUCCGCUCAUCCUACUCAGAUCAGAGGUCCUUUGCCCCCUCAGUACUUUGAUCGAGUCAUGCCCGCCGUCACUCCUGUAUUUGCACCCACGAAAUUCCGCGGCGAUUCUCAAAUGGACGGUCCGGUCCAGGAAGAGGCCGAUGAGGACGACGACUAUUACGUGCUCGGCGAACCCGGCACAAUGAGUGGUAGCAGCACACCGUCCUCCCGCCGCUGCCAGGGGCGAUGUAUCAACCGACGGCUUGGCCUCGCCCAGGCCCUCGCGAGGGAUCGUAUGGUCUUGCAGAGGGAGAAGGAACUGUGGACUAUGAUGAUGGGAUUUUGA